AUUUUCUAUCUUGGCUGUCAGUUACCAUUCUCAGAAUGUCAAGACACAGAAGCUAACUGGAAUUACCCUGACAAACCUUCAAACCAGACUUUGGAAGACGGUUCUCUUACCAAGGAAAGGCCAACAAGAUAAAGGAUGAAACUACUGUACCUGACUUUGGGCCUCCUGGCUCUCGUCACAUAUUUCCCGUUAAGUAGGACACAGCAGAGACAGACUGGGUCACUUGAUCAGAAAAGGACUGAUCAGUCAGGCUAUGUUCAAAAGUCUAACCGAAUGCAAUCACAGCAAAAUUCACCUCCUCGACAGAGGAUAGAAGCAGCAAGAUCUCCUUCAAGUGCAAGCACUUCAAAAAGCAAACCUGCAAGGCAAAGCAAACGUGUUGCACGAAAACCCCAAACCAAAACAGAUGCAAAAGGGGGGUCUGUUCUACAAAAAUCUCCCAGAAAAACAGCAGCACAAGGGAGAGCUCUUCAACAAAAUCCUCAGACCAAAGCAGCCCCCAGAAAGACACCCGUUUCUCGAAAGCUUCGACCCAAAGCAGCCCCCAGAAAGAAGGCCGUUUCACCAAAUCCUCAGACCACAACAUCCUCUGGAAGGAGGGCUGUUUCACGAAACCCUCAGCCUAAAACAGCAGCCAGAAAAAAGGUAGUUUCAUCAGAUCCUCAGACCACAACAGUCUCUAGAGGGAAGACAGUUUCACGAAACUCUCGGAGCAAAAUAGUCACCAGAAAGAAGCCCGUUUCUCGAAAGCCUCGACCCAAAACAGCCAUCAGAAAGAAGCCCGUUUCUCGAAAGCCUCAGCGCAAAAGAGUCACCAGAAGGAAGCCCAUUUCACGAAAGCCUCAGCCCACAACAGUCACCAAAAAGAAGCCUGUUUCACGAAAACCUCGGCCUACAACAGCCCCAUGCACAAAACAUCCGGUACCUUCUCACAAAAAAACUCUAUCUACAACUGGAGCACAAAAAACCCCUCUCCCAAAGAAACCAUCACCCCCCAGAAAAGGUCCCAAACGCAGACCUCAUCCACCUCGACCUAAGCCACAGAGACCGGGCCAACAUAAUUGCCGUCCAAAACCAAAUGUUCCCCACAGACCUAAACCAACAAUCUCGAAACCAACAACCAAACCUUACACCGCUACCACCAAACAAACCACUACAACUACCCAGGAACCCACAACCACCAAUUCUAACAUUAAUAUUAAACCUACUACCACCACUGCCACCAAAUCUACUACCCCAUCUACUACCACCAGUCUAUCUUCUACCCCUACCACAAGAGUUUCAUCCACUCCAUCUGGCAGCACUACCACCCUGACUGACAUUAGCCCGGCACCAGUUGUUGUCACAUCUACUGCCUCAACCACAAGAUCUGCUCACACCACACCCAUUGCCACAACUACCACCUCUGCUGCCUUGAACACAACUGAAGGCACCACAUCUCCUGCCACUACCACAACUGUGGCAACUUCUCCUUCUGCCACCUCUACCACCACCCCUCUAUCAACCACCUCUGUCACUAGUACCACAGCUAUUACUUCUACCACUAUUGCCACUGCAUCCACACCUGUUGUCUUUAACACAACAGUGGCACGCACCCAAUUUGCUGCCUCAACCACAAGACCUGCUCACACCACACCCAUUGCCACAACUACCACAUCUGUUGCCACUACCAAAUCUAGUGCCAUAACUCUUCUCACGACCACAUCUGAAACCACCAUUCCUGCCAACACUACCACAUCAGAUGCUUCUAAUGCAUCUGCUAUAACUACAUCUGUGGCACCCAUCAAUGUCACACAUGUUUCUACCACCACAGCAACCACUGUUGCCACACCUUCUAUCACCACCACCACAUCUGUCCCCUCAGUCACACCUGAGGAUACAACCAUUGUUGAUACUUUCCCCCCUGACACAACUACAUUGGAUGAUUCCACCACCCCCGAUGACAACACUGAUGCUACCACUCUGUCUGACACCUCUUUCCCUACUGAAGCCACCACCCCUGAGGUCAGCACUUCUGUCCCAACUACUACAGUUACAUCUGCUGAACCUACAACCUUCACAUCUGCUACUGCUGCCAUUGCUACCUCUGGGGCCACUUCUGCUGCCACUAACCCCUCAUCAGCCACUUCUACUACUUCUGCAACAUCUGUGGCCACAUCUGUGGUUGCCACCACUGGUGCCUCUAGCCCAUCAGCUUCCUCUACCACAGCCUCCUCGGGAACUACUUCUGCCCCUUCCACAUCUACUGCCACCUCUAUCAUCACUCCCACGAGCACUGCAUCUACAGCCAUUAAUAACUCUGUUUCCUCGAUAACAACGCCUGUUGCCACUGUAUCCUCCUCUACUAUAGCUGCUCCAACCAGCAUAACCUCUGCUGCCUUGAACACAACUGAAGGCACCACAUCUCCUGCCACUACCACAACUGUGGCAACUUCUCCUUCUGCCGCCUCUACCACCACCCCUCUAUCAACCACCUCUGUCACUAGUACCACAGCUAUUACUUCUACCACUAUUGCCACUGCAUCCACACCUGUUGUCUCUAACACAACAGUGGCACGCACCCAAUUUGCUGCCAUUAGCACAAACCCUGAUACAACGUCUGCUACGGUUACGACCACAUUGGCUGCCCUCACAUCUGCCCCUACCACACAAGCUGCCACUACCUCUUCUGCCACCUCGACCACAACACCUGCUGCAGCUACCACUGCUGCCCCCAGCACUACCUCUGCUGCCUCCUCUACCACACCUGCUAGCACAACAUCUGUGGCCACCACUGCCCAACCUACAGCCACAUCUGUUCUCUCAUCUGCUCCUCCCACCACAAUCACCACCAGCCUGAUCUCCACUGACACAACUGCUUCUGUUAGCACCACACCUGAUGAGACAUCUGUCCCCUCAGUCACACCUGAGGAUACAACCAUUGCUGAUACUUUCCCCCCUGACACAACUAUGGUGGUGGAUGAUUCCACCACCCCCGAUGACAACACUGAUGCUACCACUCUGACUGACACCUCUUUCCCUACUGAGGCCACCACCCCCGAGGUCAGCACUUCUAUCCCAACUACUACAGUUACAUCCGCUGAACCUACAACCUUCACAUCUGCUACCGCUGCCAUUGCUACCUCUGGAGCCACUUCUACUGCCACCACCCCUCUAUCAACCUCCUCUGUCACUAGUACCACAACUGUUACUUCCACCACUACUGUCACUGGGUCCACAUCUACUUUACCUACAUCUGUCCCUACCACACAAGAUGCCACUACCACGUCUGCCUCUUCAACCACUACACCUACUUUCACUAACACUACUCCUACUGUAACCACCUCUGCUACCACGAGUACCACCAAUUCUGCAACUACCAUAUUUCCUUCCCCUACUACAGAACCUGUAAGUACCACAUCUACCCUCAGCACAUCUGCCCCAACUACAUCUGUAACCACUAGCACAUCUGCUAGCACAUCUGUCAUUAGUACAACUGCCCUUACCACACCUAGAGCCACUGAUUCUCUAUCCUCUCCAGCAACAACUUUUGCCCCUACAUCUUCUGCUGUUGUCACCCUUGAUACCUCUACUUUUGAUGACAUCUCAUCCACUGACCCUAUCACCCCCACUGACAUAACCACUGAUGCACUGGCCACUACUGAUGAAGUGACCACUGAUCCUGACACAAGCACAUCCGAUGAAACAGCCACGACUGAAGAACCGGUCACAUUUGAUGAAACCACCAUAGCCACUACUUAGGGAAGCCAUCAGCACCGAGGAAUAUGAAACCGCCUUUCUGGGGAAAUGAGCACUGAUUCAACUGUCAUCACAACUGAUUUCACCACAUCUAAUCCGAAUUAGUACGGGGCUGCCCAUAACCAUAAGGCAGGAUGAAAGAGGGUCUUGGUGAGGAGAUAAAAAUAAAGCCUAAUGCAACUUGAAUUCAAAGAAAAAAAUCAAUGUGACUCCAACUGAUUAGAGACAGUUAUUCAUAAUUAAUGAUAAUUACUUAAGUAAUGAUACUUAAAUAACUUUCAUGAUUCUUUCAGUCAUCUUGCCAAUAAAGUUACAUUCUUAUAAAUUUAUGUAAAA